UUUUUUCACCUGUUUGAUCGAUUUGUUGAUGAUGUUUACUUCAUGAGUUGAAACAUGGCAGAGUUAAAAAAACAGUUUGAAAGUUUGGUAAAAAGAGCUGUUAUUACUGAUGAUCUAAAUAAAGCAAUUCCAAUUUAUUACCAGUCAAAAUUUAAUCAACGUUGUGUCAAAAAAUAUCCAGAAUGGGAUGUUGCAAGAAAUGGUCCAGAAGCUGAAUUAAUAAAAGUCCAGAGAGAUUUGCUCCAGGCUGAAGAUGAACUUGAAGCUAAACUCAAUACUUAUCCUGAUAAACGUCAGGAUAUGAACAAUAGAUGGAAUGAAGUAGAAGAAAAAGUUAAAAAAUUUCAAGAAUCAUAUAAUGAGUUUAAUAAAUUUGUUCAAGAAAAUCGAGAUAAACGUGAACGUGCUAAAAGAAAAAUUACAGAAGAAAAAAAAAGACAAAAACAAUAUCAAGAUGAGAUUCAAGUGUUGGAAGAGAAGCUAAAAAAUAUGACUGAAAUUAGAGAUAAAAUGCAGCAUUAUGUUAAAGAGUACAGAGGUGCACAAGAUUAUUUAGAAACAGUUGUUAAAGAAAGUGAAGAAUUUCAAUCAAUUGGUGAUAUAUUUAAUAGAUACGAAAGUCUUCUUGAAGCUAGAAGAACACUCUCAGAACAACAAGAUAAAAAUCUACAAAUUCUUGAAGAUACUGGCAUUGAAAUGCAAAAAUUAACUGAAGAAAAAAGUCAAAAACUCAUGAGUUUAAAUAAUCAACUUGCCACAUUACAAAGUAGAUAUGAACGUGCUAAAACUGAAGCAUUAAAAUGGGAAAGUAUUGUAUCACGAAUAAAAUCAUCAUCAGCUAAAAAAAAUCUCGAGUUAACACAAAUUAAAUCUUGCUGUUGGAAUAUUUAUCAACAAAUAUGCAUCAGAAAAGGAGUUCCAAUUGAAAUUCAUCAAAAUGAUAUUGAAAAUCAAUUGAUUCAAAUAAAACGUACUAUUUUGGUGCUUAAAAAAAUUGCAAAAUCAGCAAAUGACAAAGCUAUUCAAUAUGAAAAUACCAAUGAACAAUUUUAUUAAAAUUUUACAUUUAUUUUAUUUUUUUGUUUUAAAAAUAUUUUAGUCAAAGUAAAAAAU